UAAAUUUUAAUCUUUCCUUGGUGUAUAUAUAAAGGUGACAGCAUGCAACCAAUGGAAAAAAUUACAAGCACAAGCUUCCAUUUGUAUUCAUUACCCAUCGCCUUUCAAAUUUCUCAAUUAAUAUUUCAUACAAUAAUCUCUACAAAACCACAAACAAUGAAACUAUUCGAGCUCUCAAGAACAAGUAGUUGCAGCCGCAGCAGCAGCAAACAAAUCAUCCCUUCAAAUUACAUUAGAUCAACCAACUCAACUAUGCUCGAUCACUCCUCCGACGUUCACUACAUGUUCUCCGGCAAGCCCCUGGUGGCCAAGCGCUCCUCCGCCGUCUUCCACUGGCAUCUCGGCGGCUUUCUCCGAUCACUCAUCACUCUCAUAUCAUUGCCCAUGACUCUCCCUACGCGCCGGUGGCUCACGUUAUCUAAACCCCUCUCCAUACAGCCGCCGCUGGGUAAAAAAGUCACGGGGACUCUCUUCGGCAACCGGAGAGGCCACGUCAGCUUCGCGGUUCAAGAUGAUCCCCGGUCCGAACCCGUGCUGAUCAUCGAGCUAGCGAUGUCGACCGCUUCUUUAGUGAAGGAAAUGUCGUCGGGGCUGGUGAGGAUCGCUUUGGAAUGCGAGAAGCCACGCGGGGCGCGUGGGAAGCCGCGGAAGCUGUUCAGCGAGCCCAGGUGGAGUAUGUAUUGUAACGGUAAGAAAUGCGGGAACGCGUUGUUGAGAGACUGCAGUGACUCGUAUUGGCGCGUGCUUGACACGGUCCAGAGUGUUUCUGUGGGCGCUGGAGUGAUUCCUGUUGUGGAUGACGGGAAAGAAAGUGCUGCCGAGGGGGAGUUGCUGUACAUGAGAGCCAGGUUUGAGCGAGUUGUGGGGACGCGCGACUCGGAAGCGUUUUAUAUGAUGAAUCCCGAUGGCAAUGGGGGACCUGAACUCAGCAUAUUUCUCCUCAGAAUAUAGAAGAUUUCAUAUUGUUGAUGCGAGUUGGAGAUGAAUGAAGGUUAUUACAUGUAAACUUGUUUUGUAUGCUUUGUGGGUGAUAGAAAUUAGGAUACUGUUUCUGCUUAUUGUCUAGCUCGUUUGAAUCAAUAUCUGUUGCAUGUUGUUAUUCA